CCCAUCUCUCUCGCUAUCCAUUUUUUUUACCCUUUACUCGGACUAAUAUUACUCUUAAACUCAUUUAGACUAAUCACUUUGUCACAUAGCUUCAAUUAUAUGUAUAUAAUAUCCUAUCUAAGUUUUUUUCUCUCAAAGUUUAUCUUUUUCUUCUAUAAAUAAGAUCUUCUUUUCCAAUUCUUUUCAAAUUGUGUCGGACCUAAUGGACUCAAGUGCUCCAACUCUGUUUUUGCAUCCUUCGUCCGAGAUUAAGGAUGAGAAAGAGAAUGGGAUAAGGGUUUUUGACACAUAUUUGCUGCAAAAACAAGCAAACUUGCCCACAGAGUUCAUUUGGGAACAUGGGGACUUACUUCACAAUCAUGAAGAGCUCAAAGAGCCACUAAUAGACUUAGAAGGGUACUUCAAAGGUGAUGAGGCUGCAACCAUAACUGCAGCCGAGCUAAUCAGGAAGGCUUGUUUGAACCAUGGUUUCUUCCAAGUCACCAACCACGGCGUUGAUGCAACUCUUAUUCAUGCUGCGCAUGAUCAAAUCGAUGCCUUUUUCAAACUUCCGAUCAGUGAGAAGCUAAGUGCUCGAAGGAAGCCCGGGAGCAUGUGGGGCUAUUCCGGUGCCCACGCUGAUCGUUAUUCAGCAAAGUUGCCAUGGAAGGAGACCUUUUCAUUUGGCUAUAAUGGAAAUGCCCCCAAAUCAGCUGUGGUGGACUACUUCAAAUUGGUCUUGGGUAAUAAUUUUGAAGAGGCAGGGUGUAUCUAUCAAAGUUACUGCAAAGCAAUGAAAGAACUCUCUCUCGUGAUUAUGGAACUAUUGGCUAUUAGCUUAGGAGUCGAGCGGUUCCACUACAGGAGAUAUUUCGAAGAUGGAAGUUCAAUAAUGAGAUGCAACUCAUAUCCGUCCUGUAAAGAACCCGGCCUCACUCUAGGUACUGGCCCUCACUGUGAUCCAACUUCCUUAACUAUACUUCAUCAAGACGAAGUUGGGGGCCUUCAGGUCUUUGCAGACAACAAAUGGCAAGAUGUCACGCCUCAACCCAAUGCCCUUGUCAUUAACAUUGGUGAUACGUUUGUGGCAUUAUCUAAUGGGAGAUACAAGAGUUGCCUGCAUAGGGCAGUGGUGAACAGGGAGAGAGAGAGGAGAUCACUGGUUUUCUUUGUGUGUCCGAAAGAAGACAAGGUGGUGAGACCUCCACAGGAUCUGGUUGACAGAGAAGGGCCAAGGAAGUAUCCAGAUUUCACAUGGUCGGAUCUGUUUGAGUUCACACAAAAGCACUACAGAGCAGAUGUCACAACACUCCAAUGCUUCUUUCGUUGGCUUCUAUCUUCCAAGCCAACAAACAGCUAGUUUCUUGGAUGCUUUUGAUCAUAUGUUAUUGGCUUCUUAUGCUUUGUGCUAUGCAAACCCUACCUCUUCCUUUCCUUUCCUUCUCUUCCUUUCCUUUCCUCACCUUUUCUCUCUCCAGUUUAUGUGGGUAUUAUGUAACGUGAGUAUGUGGGUAUUAUGUAACGUUAGUAGUAAGUGGGGUUAUUUCCAGCUACCACUUUUUAAUGUACAUGUUUUAUUUAUCGUCAUCUAGUCACUGUUCCCUUUUUAUGAAAAUAAAUUCUCUUUAUUACUUUUUCUCUUCAA